CGAUCCACCUCCUUCCUUCCGAUAUACACACACGAGAUAUAUAUAUACGCACACACGGCCAUACCAUCUCGAUCCGAUUCGAUGUAAUGGCGCAACAACGAAUUAGCCUCGCAGUGAUGCUGCUAAUGGCAGCUGCGUCACUUGUUAGUGUCCAGCUUCCACCGCUCGCAUCGUCGGCCGCCCUCCCGCAGUUUCCCAAGAUCAAGUCCUACGCCACCCGCGCGCGGGCGGAGCAGAUCAUGAAGAAGCUCGAUGGCUUCUUCCAGCGGCACGGCGACGACGCCGUUGAGAAGCUCCUGCCACCGCCGGCGCCGCCGGUCGUCAACGUUCGCCAGCUGGACAGCUCUCCCGCUGAGGGCGCCGUCCUUUACUCCGUCGACCUCGCCGUCGGGACGCCCGCGCAGACCAUCUCCGGCGUGAUGGACAUCUCCACCCAGCUCGUGUGGAUGCAGUGCGACCCCUGCACCGCCUGCCUGCCUCCGCCGGCGUCCACCUUCAAGCCCAGAGACUCCGCCAACUUCUCCGCGUUCAAAUGUUCUAGCAAGACCUGCAAGGACGUGCUCGGGCCCUCCUGCGCCGGUAACAACGACCCCUGCAAGUACUUGGCCAUUUACGGCAACUCCACCGCUACGAUUGGGUACCUCGCCGCCGACACCUUCACCUUCGGCACCACGGCCGUCCAACGUAUGGUAUUCGGAUGCAGCCACAGGAGCGUCGGGGUCUACUCCGGCGCGUCCGGCAUCAUCGGUUUCGGCAGGGGGCAACUCUCGCUCGUUUCCCAGCUCGGCCUCUCCAACUUCUCCUACUUCUUGGCUCCACAAGACUCACGCCGCGACAACGAAAUCCAAUUGGGCGACGUCGCCGUGCCGCAGACCGAUCGCAGCCGCUCCACACGGCUCCACAAGAGCAGCAAGCACAGUGACCUCUACUACGUCGCUCUCACCGGCAUAAAGGUCGACGGCCAGGUCCUGAACGACAUCCCGCCGGGAACGUUCGACCUCCGCGAGGACGGCUCCGGCGGGGUGUUCCUCAGCACCACCGUGCCCGUCACCUACCUCCAGAAGGACGCGUACAAUGUCUUGAGGCGAGCCUUUGUAAGCAGGAUCCAGUCCAAACCUGUAGAUGCUCCUAAUCUCGGCCUCGACCUGUGCUACACGGCGAAAUCCAUGGCCGGCACAAACAUUCCGAGGCUAACGCUGGUGUUCGAUGGGGUGGACGCGGCGAUGGAGCUCGGGUCGGCGAACUACUUCUUUAAGUUUAAGGACGGCGCCACGGAGCUGCAGUGUCUGGCCGUACUGCCUUCGCGGGACGCGUCGCUCCUGGGCAGCCUGCUGCAGACGGGAACGAAGAUGAUCUACGACCUCGACGGCGAGCAGCUCACGUUCGUGAUGGAGGACUCGCCGAGGCUCUCGCAGGCGCCACACUCGCAGGCAGCGUCGCUCAUAAUAAUAAUAGUUGUUGUCCCUGUCGCCGUGUGGAUGCUGAUGUUCUAGCCCUUGCUAUGGUUUCUGGUUUACAUGCAUCAAGUAUUUUUUAUGGUUAUAUACUCCCUAUUAUUAUUAUUACUGUUUAAGU